CACUGCAUAUUCAAAGCCUCAAAGGCAUGGCAUGGGCCGCCCUUAGGCACUAGAGACAUAGUUACUAGCCACCUUUCUUCAUUGCCUUAUCUCCACGGAUUUUCCGGUCGACUUUGUUUGAAGUUGCUCCAUUUUGGGGGUGACGAAAGCUGGAUUCCAUUUUUUUUUUUGUCUUUAAAUAUAUUUUGGUGGCUGGAAAAUAGUUUCAUGCGCUGACUCGGUUGCUGCAUAAAAGGCAUUUUUUCCAGGGUGUAAUUGUAGUUGGGAAAAAUCAACUCUUUGUUCGGAGGGGGACUCAUCAAUUCAUCUGCCAAUAACACUGGCAUUAUGAAGGUUCCUGGGAUUUGGGUUUUCUUCUUUGUGAUCGGGACAGCUUUGUUCGUCUUUGCCUUCAGCAGCUCCUCCAUUCCUGGUAUGGAUUUGCAGCAUGUUGAUGGUACGAGUAUGAGUGAAACAAGUAGAAAGCUGAAGGGGAGUGGAUACAGUCCAAGCAAUGAAAAGAGGAGCAAUGUGGAUGUGGAUGAUUACGAUCCUAUUGAUCCAGUUCCAAGCUCCAAAGCAUCCAUAAAACCUGGUCCUAUUGAGCAUGGUACUCCUCUUAUUCCCUACAUCCCAAAACCCUCACCUCCAGAUCAUCCCAAAAUUGGUGGUUCCACUUAGCCAUCCAAAAAAAUCUUCUGAAGAACAUGCGAAUGUAAUAUCUGUAUCGUACCUCGUGUUUUAACCAGCUUUGUUCUCUGAAUCCCGUCUAUUCAAUAACUUCAAGUUGCCUAUAUGUAUGCAGCUUAUGCUUGUGUUGAAUCUGUUUGGCAUUGGCCUUGUAUCCUGAAUAUCACUUCUUUUAAGUUAAUUUGAUUGCCAUUUGUAUUGGUUUUCCUUCA